GAACUCGUUUAUGGACGAUCACUACGUGGAGUUCAGUAAACACUCUCAGGACCGAGUCAUCGGCACCAAGGACCAAGUCGCACACAUCUACGACAUCCAGACGGGUCAGAAGACUCUGACUUUAAACGACCCGGCUCUCGCCAACAACUACAAGAGGAACUGCGCCACCUUCAACCCCACCGACGACCUGGUGCUGAACGACGGCGUGCUCUGGGACGUGCGGGCGUCACGGGCCAUCCACAAGUUUGACAAGUUCAACAUGAACAUCAGCGGCGUUUUCCAUCCCAACGGCCUGGAGGUCAUCGUCAACACGGAGAUCUGGGACCUGAGGACCUUCCACCUCCUGCACACCGUCCCCGCUCUGGACCAGUGCAGACUGGUCUUCAACAGCAACGCCACCAUCAUGUACGGAGCGAUGCUGCAAGCCGACGAUGAGGAUGACGCCAUGGACCAGCAGAUGAAGAGUCCCUUCGGCUCGUCCUUCAGAACCUUCGACGCCACAGACUACAAGCCCAUCGCCACAGUGGACGUAAAGAGGAACAUCUUUGACCUUUGCACCGACACCAAAGACUGCUACCUGGCCGUCAUCGAGAACCAGGACACGGUGAGCUUGGACACGGUGUGUCGUCUGUACGAGGUGGGACGACAGAAGCUGGCAGAGGAGGGAGACGACGACGAUCAGGUGAGACGACAGGACGCAGUGUGGCGUCUGUUUGUGUGUUUGUUGGGCAGUUGA